CUUCGAGGCUACAUGGAGGAGUUUGGUUGCAGGAAGAAGCUGCAGCAGUGAAAGAAGCGGAUUUAAAGUUUAUCUGACACCAAGUUUGAUUCAUGUGAGCUACUGAAGGAAAUUAACAAGCCAGCAGCCAUGACGGUAAUAAUUGGGUUUGAGGGCAGUGCCAAUAAGAUCGGCAUAGGAAUCAUCAGGGAUGGAGAAGUUCUUUCCAAUCCUCGACGCACUUACAUCACACCUCCUGGACAAGGAUUCAUGCCGAGCGACACCGCCAGGCACCACCGUGCCGUCAUACUGACCGUCCUGAAGGAGGCUCUGGAACAAUCAGGGCUCAAGCCUGCAGACAUCGAUGGGGUGGCGUACACCAAAGGCCCUGGUAUGGGUGCCCCCUUGGUUACGGUGGCUCUGGUUGCUCGUACAGUCGCACAGCUUUGGGGGAAACCGCUGCUCGGUGUCAACCACUGUAUCGGUCACAUUGAGAUGGGUCGACUCAUCACCAAGUCCGACAACCCCACUGUGCUCUACGUCAGUGGGGGGAACACACAGGUCAUUGCGUACUCACAGAAGCGGUACAGGAUAUUUGGGGAGACUAUCGAUAUUGCAGUGGGAAACUGUUUGGACAGGUUCGCAAGAGUUAUAAAGAUUUCCAAUGACCCCAGUCCAGGCUACAACAUAGAGCAGAUGGCCAAAAAAGGGAGUCACUAUGUGGAGCUGCCGUAUACUGUUAAAGGAAUGGACGUCUCAUUUUCUGGGAUUUUAUCCUACAUUGAGGAUGCCGCUAAUAAGAUGCUGAGCUCGGGUCAGUGUACAGCAGAGGACCUGUGUUUUUCACUGCAGGAGACAGUAUUCGCCAUGCUGGUGGAGAUCACAGAGAGGGCCAUGGCUCACUGCGGCUCCCAAGAGGCCCUCAUCGUCGGGGGGGUUGGCUGUAACAUGCGUCUGCAGGAGAUGAUGGGGGUGAUGUGUCAAGAGCGAGGAGCCAAGCUGUUUGCCACAGAUGAACGAUUCUGCAUAGACAACGGAGCAAUGAUUGCUCAAGCUGGCUGGGAGAUGUUCAGGUCCGGUCAGGUGACGGAGCUGGAAGACUCGUGGAUAACACAAAGGUACAGAACAGAUGAAGUGGAAGUGACGUGGAGAGACUGACUGAUGGACUAGAGCCAUGUAGGUCUGUUAGGACUGGAGAGCAGUGCAGCUGGCAUCUGAACACACACUUCAACUCUGCUGCAUUUGACACGAAGAGCUACUCAGUCAAAUUAGGCCAAACAGCGAAUGGCUUCCACUUCACUUGUGUUUAGUCCUUGUUUUUCUUGUGGACAAAUCCAAUGAAAAGACCAAACCCAACAUUGAGCUGAUUCUACUAAGAAUUAUGUGUAUGCAAAGAUUGUCAUACAGCGUCCAUGAGAUGUGUAUCAAUGCAAAUCUGAGAUUCCCAACCAUGCACAUUUUCCUUGUUUGAGUAACAUUUGCUAAAAGCUACAGUGCCCAUCUGUUUUUAUAAAAGGUAGAUUUCUUUUACUUGGGAUUUAACACUAAAUGGAUUUCAAGCUUUACAAUUAAUGGGAUAGUUCAUCCAUAAAUCUACUCACCCCCAAACACUUAAGAGUUUCAGGAGUAAACUGUUAGAAUCCAAUACAAUUGAAGUCAAUGGUGGGUCCUUCUUCAGACGUAAUAAAACAGGAGAAACAUAACACGCCUCCAUACUGCGGUGUGAUUGUCGGGGCUUGAGGGCACUUCUAUCUUGUAGGACACCACACGCAGCAACAGUUAGUUUACCCGUGAUACUCAAAGUGUUUUGUGGACAAACACAUCACCCCCAUCGGCAUGGGUUGAGUAGAUGAGUGAAUUAUCAUUACUGGGUGAACCAACGAUUGCUCAAGGAGACUAAAUGCUUUGGUGGCUGGUUCAAAUAUUGCAGUCUAGAAAUGUUUUGUAACCUCCUGCAAAACCUCUUCUGGUCCCUGGAGGUGGUGAAGUUUUCCUUCCGACCCGUCCAGGCUUGAAGCAGCUUGUCUUUUUUUAACAGGUUGUGUGUGGGUAAUAAAACGGAGUAAGAUGGAAAA